UGAAUUCCAAAUUCCAAGUCAGCUAAAACCCUCUUCCUUGCCCUUUGGCCAUUUCUAGGGUUUUCGUUGUUGACCAAGAAAUUUCUCUCUCUAAAGCCCCCCCUCUCUCUCUCUCUCUAGAACUCGCUCUGGCUUCGAUGGCGGAUUUCACCAAAUCCAACAACGACGAGCAAAGCACCAGGCUUUACAAUCCCUACCAGGAUCUCCAAGUCCCGAUCCAAAACCUUUACAAUCUCCCAACCGCCCACGAACACCUCUUCAUCGAGGAGGCUUCAAAGCCCAGCCGAUCCUGGGGCGAAAACCUCCAGUACUAUACCGGCUGCGGCUAUCUCUCCGGCGCCAUAAUGGGCGGCGCCAAGGGCUCCAUCGAAGGCCUCAAGUCCGCAGAGCCUGGCGACACGCUCAAGCUCCGAGUCAACCGCGUUCUCAACUCGGGCGGCCAUGUCGGAAGGAGGUUCGGAAACACCUUCGGCGUCCUCGGUUUGAUCUUCGCUGGUUUGGAGAACGGAGUUAUUCACUUUAGAGGCCGCGACGACUUGUUGAACACUGUCGUCGCCGGAUUGGGAACCGGCGCGCUUUACAAGGCCGCUGCGGGUCCGAGGUCGGCGGCGAUCGCCGGCGCUAUCGGAGGGAUCGCCGCGGCGGCGGCGGUGGCGGGGAAGCAGGUGGCCAAGAGAUACGUCCCGAUAUAGUUAGGGUUUUGCUCGGACAUGAUCGGAAAGUGUUUGGUUGGUGGGAAAUUUUUGCGGUGAGGGAGAGAAUGUGCUUUUUAUUUUUUAUUUUAUUUGGUAUUACAUAUAAGUUAGGCCCAAAGUCAGUAGUUUGGUCAUUUGUGCUCGCUCAAAUCUGUCGACUUGGAAGUUCUUUGGUGCUGAUGAAAUUCAAAUUAUUAUUGUACUUUCUUCAGAUAAAUUUAUAUUGAUGAUCAAUAUUUUCUA